AUGGGAUGUGGUGCUACCAAACCCCAACCCAAAAAGCUGCAGCUGAAAAAAUGCGACAAAGCUAUGCGGGCGGCUUUACUCAUCCAGCGCUGGUACCGGCAGUACGUGGCCCGCUUGGAGAUGAGGCGCCGGUGCACAUGGAACAUUUUUCAGUCCAUCGAGUAUGCAGGAGAGCAGGAUCAGAUCAAGCUGUACAAUUUCUUUGGCUACCUCAUGGAUCACUUCACUCCUGCAAGCAACGAAAGGAAGCUGAUCUCCCACAUAUUUCGAGAGACUGAGGUGUUCCUGGACGCGGAAUGGGAGCGGUACUUCUGCUACGAGAACAUCGUGGUGCCGGACGUGUACACCGGGCCUCACCUCGCAUUUCCUCUGACUGUCAGCAAUGUCACUGAUCUAGUGGAGGCCUUCAAACAAAAACAACAGCUCCAUUCUCGAUAUGUCCUCCAGCUCCUCGGGGAAACCUGGAGAUUGCUCCGGGUUCUGCCAAACAUUAACGCGGUGUCUACACGCCACAGCAAGGAGAUCACCAUAUGCGGAGACUUGCACGGACAACUCGAAGAUCUCCUGCUGGUGUUCUAUAAAAACGGCUUGCCGUCAUUGGAGACGCCGUACGUCUUCAACGGAGACUUUGUGGAUCGAGGGAAAGACUCCAUUGAGAUUCUGCUGAUCCUGUUUGCCUUCCAGCUGGUGUAUCCCAACGACGUCCACCUCAACAGAGGAAACCACGAAGACCAUAUUGUGAAUCUGAGGUACGGCUUCACCAAGGAGGUUCUUGGGAAGUACAGGGUUCAUGGGAAGAAGAUCCUAAAGCUGCUCCAGAAGAUCUUUAGCUGGUUGCCCUUGGCAACCGUAAUCGACCAGAAAGUGCUGAUUCUGCACGGCGGGAUCUCAGACAGCACUGACCUCAGACUCAUUGCCGAACUGGAAAGAAACAGAUACGUCUCAGCACUGAGGCCCCCGAAGCGUCCUCGGCAGACCCCGAAGCCCUCGGACAGAGACGAGGACCGCUGUAGCACCUCCAGCAGGAAACGAGUGCGCUCUUUGACGUACGAGCGACGCCCCUUGCACACCUACAGCCGCACGAGCCCCUCCGUGGAGGAGGAGCUUCGGGAAAGGAGGAGGUGGGCGGGGCUCAGCGCAUCCUGCGACAGGCUUCACUUCUUUUCCUCAGACUCGGACCCCGACUCGGUCGAGGCUCCAGAGACGGACGCAGAGGAGUGGAAGCAGAUAGUGGAUGUGCUGUGGAGCGACCCGAUGCCGCAGGAUGGCUGCGUCCCGAACGAGGUGCGAGGAGGCGGCUGUUACUGGGGCCCUGACGUCACGCGGGAAGUCCUCGACCGUCACAACCUGCAGCUGCUUAUCCGAUCCCACGAGUGCAAACAGGACGGCUACGAGUUCUGUCACGACCGCAGGGUGCUGACCAUUUUCUCUGCGUCUAACUAUUAUGAAGUGGGCAGCAACAGAGGAGCCUAUAUAAGAUUAGGACCAGACUUGAACCCUCACGUCAUCCAGUACCAGGCCAGCAGAUCCACCAGAGAACUGACCCUGAGACAGAGUGUCGGACGGACGGAGCGUUCGGCUCUCCGAGCCUUGAAAGAACAGCUCUUUGCCCACAAGUCAGACCUCAUCAGUGCCUUCCAGGAGUAUGACCCAGAGCAUACAGGUGUGAUCUCGAUGAAGCACUGGGCCGCUGCCAUGGAGUCGGUGUUGCGACUCGGCCUGCCAUGGAGAGUCCUGCGCUCCCAGCUGGUGGGCUGUAACACACAGGACGGCACGCUCAACUACCACAACUGGUUCAGAGAACUCGACAUCGCCGAGCCCAACAACGAGCUCGCACAUACGGGCCUCCUGGAAACCAUGUACAGACACCACUCCAAUCUCGAGACCAUCUUCAGAAUUAUAGACACAGAUAACUCGGGACUCAUCUCAUUCGAAGAGUUCCGCCAGACGUGGAAGCUGCUGAGCUCCCACCUGAAGAUGGAGAUCAGUGAUGAAGCAAUAUCAGACGUAGCCAUAAGCAUCGACUUCAACAAGGAUGGCAGCAUCGACAUCAAUGAGUUCAUGGAGGCCUUCAGGUUGGUGGAGAGCACGGUCGGAGCGGUGCCAUCUGACCUUCUACAGCAUAAAAACCCCUCAUAGACCCGGCGCUGUCCGGGUUUAAGCAUCCAGCCUACACGGGGAUAGGAAUCGAGCAUGGAGUGCAACGAACGCAUAUCGGACUGGUCGAAUCGGAUUGAAUAUGAACGUGUGAAUGCUGAAUUUGAACACAGACGCUUGAUUCUUCUUCUUUUUCUUUUUUUUUGGAAAAUGUGAAUCUCUGAACAUUAACAUAAAAGUACUCUGGAUUUCAAAACAUUUAUAUACAACAUAUUUUUAAUAUUUCAGUAUAUAUGAAUAUUUUUCUAGUGCUUUGAAUUCAGUGGCGUUUAAAUUUCAUUAUUAAGAAUGACUUCACUACUCAGUGAAGGUAAAUAAUUGCAUAAUUGCUAUUUAUCUUCACUCUAAAAGCACCGUUUUGAUUCGUACUUGGUUUGACUAGAAUUUUAAAAUGAAUGCAGCUCUUUAAAAAACAAUAAAACGCAACAGAUUUCAAGCAAGUCUCACCUGGAAUAUAAAAAUAUUUUAAAAAUGUGACUUUAUCCAUCACGAUCAAGCAUAACAUUUAACUGUAUAUCUACUUCAGAUUUCUUUGUAAUAGUUUUCUGUAUUGCUGAUAUAAUCCAUUGUUUUUGUUUUCAUUUUAAAUGCUAAAAAUUUCAUUAACCCUUUGCUACAAUUAAUUUCGCUGUAAUUUUUUGAUAUGCAAUAACACAAACCUACUAUUUUCCUAUGUAACUGAAAUGCAAUGUCAC